AUGUCAGCUCAUCCGCCCAAUCCCAGCAGCGCGUCACAGCAGCAGCAGAAGCAGCAGAAACAAAAGCAGCCUCAUCAAAUCAUGCGGCCCGUCGUCUUCAUCCCCUUGUACAUCUACCCCUUUGACACGGCCUGGGAGCCUCUGGUCCGGUCGGCCGCCACGCACCCGUCGCUGACGUUCGUGACCGUCGUCAACCCCAACAACGGUCCAGGCCCCGACCCGCGGCCCGAUGCCAGCUACGUCGCCGCGCUGCAUCAGCUCAGCGCGCUGCCCAACGUGCAGCUGCUGGGCUACGUGCACGUGAGCUACUGCACGCGCAACCAGUCGGAGGUCGAGCGGGACAUGGACGUGUACCGUGCGUGGAACGACGACCUCGUCAGGGGGGGCGCUGCCACUGUCAAUGGAGAGGAGGCCGACGAGGAGGCCGAAGAGGCCAGCGGCAGCCUGCGCGUCGACGGCAUCUUCUUCGACGAGACGCCCUGGGACCCGAGCCACCAGGACUACAUGGCGCGGCUGACGCGGUACGCGCGCAACGCCUGGGAGCGGCCGGCGCCGGGCGGCGCCCCCGGCGGCGACGCCGUGCUGGCGCUCAACCCGGGCGUCGUCGUCGAGCCGCGCUGGUACGAGGACGCCGACUAUGUCGUCGUCUUUGAGCAGUCGGCUCAGCACUGGGACGACUACUUUGUCGGCGAGGGCCUGCCGCAGAUCCCGGACGCGCUGCGGCCCAAGUCGGUGGCCAUUGUGCACACGGUCAACAGCAGCAGCAGCAGCAGCGCCGACGGCAACGUGGACGACGAGGCGGAUGAGGCUUGCGCGCUGGCGAGGCGCAUAUGCCACCUCGGCCUCGGUGGCGCGUACCUGACGGAUGAGGUCGAUGGCGGGUACACGAGGUGGCCCGCCAUGUGGGAGGGCGAGCUCGAGAUGCUGGCCAGAGUCAAUGGCAGUAGCAGCAGCAGCAACAGUACGAACUCGAGCAACGGCACUGCGCACGAGCAGUAG